UCUCUUACACCCAAUCAUUAUUCUUACACCCAAUCAUUACUCAUAUCCCAAUACAAACCAAGAUUCAAUUUUCUUAAACCACACCCAACAUUAUUUAGGGGAAGAAUAAAAGGGAAUGGAGGGAGUACAACCCAGUAGUGUACAAGUCUAGGCUACGAAAAGCUGAUAAAAUGGACAAACAAGAAAACCCAUCAACGACUCUCCCUCUUCUUAGCACCUCACGCUCACUCACUGGAGAAGCAAUAGAAGAAGGUAUUCAGAUUGAAAGAAACAUAAAUGAAUUUAAACAUGAUCAACUUAGGGCUUGUUUGGUUCAGCAAGGUAAAUAUAAUAAUUGGGGAAAAAGGGUUUUUGUAGAAGAAGCAAAGAAACAAGUAUGGUUAGCAGGUCCAUUGAUAUUAGUGGGUCUGUUAACAUUUUCGUUGCAUAUAAUAUCUCUAAUGAUGGUGGGUCACCUCGGCGAGUUAGCUCUCUCUGCAGCUUCCAUGGCUACCUCUUUUGCAUAUGUUACUGGAUUCAGCUUCUUGCUAGGAAUGGCGAGUGCGCUAGAGACGAUAUGUGGGCAGUCAUAUGGUGCAGAGCAAUACGAAAUGGUAGGCAUACACACACAGAGAGCCAUGGUUUUGCUGUUAUUGAUAAGCAUCCCCAUCAGUGUAAUAUGGUCAUUUACUGAACCAAUUUUGGUGGCUUUAGGACAGAACCAUGAUAUUGCAGCUGAAGCUGCUCCUUAUGCCCAAUUUAUGAUCCCUAGUCUUUUUGCAUAUAGUAUUCUUCAAUGCCUUAUCAGAUUCUUUCAAACCCAAAAUAUAGUCUUCCCAAUGCUGCUGACUUCUGGAAUCACUACUCUACUGCACAUAUUAGUCUGUUGGUUAUUGGUGUUCAAAUCUGGCCUAGGAAGUAAAGGAGCUGCCCUUGCAAAUACUAUAUCAUACUGCAUUAAUUGUAUGCUGUUAGCAGCUUAUGUUAAAUUUUCUUCGUCGUGUUCAAGAACUUGGACAAGUAGCUUCUCAAAAGCAUCAUUUCAAGGUAUCCCAGCUCUACUCAGGCUCGCUAUACCAUCAGCUGUCAUGGUCUGCUUGGAAAUGUGGUCUUUUGAAAUGAUUGUUCUGUUGUCUGGUCUUCUACCAAACCCAGCACUAGAAACUUCAGUGCUUUCCAUCAGCCUCAAUACUACCUCACUUGUUUGGGUUAUUCCUGAAGGUUUCAGUGGUGCAGUAAGUACGAGGGUCUCUAAUGAAUUGGGAGCUGGGAAGCCAGAAGCUGCAAGAACAGCAGUAUAUGUCGUUUUAUGCAUGACAGUUUCCGAGAGCAUUGUUAUGGGGUUAAUCCUUAUACUGAUACGAAAUGCCUGGGGUUAUGCUUAUAGUAGCGAGAUGGAAGUGGUGACAUAUUUAGCUUCCAUGAUGCCCCUACUUGCAUUAACCAAUUUCGUUGACGGACUCACAUGCGUCCUCUCCGGGACAGCUAGAGGAUGUGGUUGGCAAAAGAUAGGUGCAUAUAUCAAUCUAGGAUCAUUUUAUAUUGUGGGUCUUCCAGUUGCUAUCCUGUUAGCAUUUUACCUGCACAUUGGAGGGAAAGGUCUCUGGUUAGGAAUUUUAUGCGCAAUCACCCUUCAAGUUAUCGCCUUCCUUGUCAUUACACUGAAAACAGACUGGGAGCAACAAGCCAAGAAAGCUACGGAGAGAGUCUACGAAUCCAAAGUUGUCAAAGAGAUGGUUUUCUGAAGAGACUGUUGUGGAUGGUGAAAAGUGAAAACAUCCAUCUCUAAUUGGAAAUUAAGAAUUUGGAACUAAGUUAUAAUGCUUGCUUCUUAAACACAGGCAAAGAUGAAAGAAUCAUCCAAGUACCGGAUGCUUAUCAAUGUUGAAUGCCAACGCAUUUUGAGUUGGAGAUACUUGCUUGGUGAAAUAGUGGCGUAAGCGUGUUUUUUUCAUUCAGAAGAACCUCAACUGCAGAAAGAUACAUAUGACAUACAGAAUCAGAUUUUCAUUCAGUUGUCUCCCAAUUUAUGUAUCCCUUGUUUGGUUAAUUGUAAGCUGAAUUGAAAUUUUCAUGUUUCAUAUAAGGAUUAUCUGAGUUUUAUGGCUCUAGACUUCUAGAGGUUACACAGUAGGCAAGGCUGCAGGGUUUAGCCCUCGUCUGAAACACCUUUUUGCUCCUGGCGUUGACCUGUAUUAUCAAUGAUCUUUACACUUUCCAA